AUGGCCUUUAGCUUUGGCGCGUCCAACCCCGCCGGGGCAACCGCCUCUGCGGAGCUUGGCCCAGAGCUUCCCGAUGUUUUUACAGAUGAAAUCGGCUUCAAGGGCGUAUCUGGCGAUGCUAACGUUCGAUUCCUUCCUACCGCCUGGCCUGAUGACGCGCUUCCGGCUCCUACCUCGUCUCUUCUGGCUGUCGCGCAUAACAAGGGCCUUGUUGUUGGUGCUGGGCCCGAUGCGCUGGUAGUCAGCACCACUGAAAUUAUUCGAAAUUCGAUCGAGGCACCCGCGGGCGAGAACAUGGAAAAGACGAAGGCGUUCCAACCCCAGGCUACAAUUCCCCUUCCAUCUCGUCCGACACAUGUGGCUUUCACUCCGGAUGAGGCUGGAUUGAUCCUUGCAACCGAAAAUGGGCCUUCUCUUUCGGUAUUCGAUACAAACACUUUGGCGCAAGGGAAUGCACAACCGGCCGUUUCAAUCCCCACGAAUGGGGUAUCCCUCCGUGCUCUUGCACCUAACCCCGACUCUGCCUCCACACUUGUUGCACUUGUCACCGUGAAUGGUGAACUUUUGAUUGCCGAUGUCAAAGCCGGAAACCUACUUCCUGGUCCAAACGGCCCGGUCCUCAAGGAUGGCGUGAGCUGUGUCUCAUGGAGUAGCAAAGGGAAGCAACUCAUGGCUGGUUUGGCCGAUGGCACUGGAUACCAGAUGUCCCCAGAUGGAGCGAAGAAAGCAGAAAUUCCCAAACCUUCAGAUUUGGAGGGAGAAUGCCAUGUAUCUUCUGCUGUAUGGCUUGAAAAUGAUCUAUUCUUCAUGACCUACACCCCCAAUGCUGCGGAGGACGAUAUGGGAAUGAACCCUGCUUCUUCCUACUACAUCAUCACACGGCGCAAGCAGCAACCAUUCCUCAUUCAGAAAUUGCCAGAAAUUUGUUCGACGAUGGGUUUCAUGCUUAAGCGCGCCCCUGCCUUCCAAUUCAUCACAAGGAUCAGAGAUUAUAAACCUCAUCUGAGAGACGUCCUAAUUGUCUCAUCCACUGCAUCGACUGAUCUUGGUCUCAUCACACGAUCCGACCAGCCCCUGGCAAAUGACGAGAGAGCCAAGCUUCAUGUCGGACAGUUCAUGACUACCGAAGUAAACGACGAUACUAAACGCGCUAGUAUCCCACUGAAGGAGUCCGGUGAUGAGACAUCAGUUAUUGGCCUGGCACCCAACCUGUCGGCUACAAAGAACGUCAUUGCGCCGCUCCCUGGUUCUGACAUUAUGGAGAGCUCAACGCCCCUACCCGGUAUACUACUUUUGAACAAUGAGGGUAUUCUGGCGUCUUGGUGGUUCACUUAUGCCGACUCGAUCCGGCAAAACGUUCCAUACUCCGGCCUGGUCUCAGCUGGUCAGGUAACCCAGGCUGCAGCUCCAGCUCCAGCUCCAGUAGGAGGGCCAACAGGAGUAUCUCCCUUUGAAGCCAAGCCUGGCACGAGCACCACACAAUUUUGCUACGCUCCGGGGAAACAACCUGGUGCUGCCCCACCAUUUGGCACCCCUUCCCAACUGGGUGGAAACUCCCAGCCUUUUGGAAAGCCAUCCACCCCAGCAAACCCAUUUGGAACCUCGCAGUCAAGCACUUUCGGAACUCCAAGCACCCCGGGAGCGACAUUUGGGAAAUCUGGCUUUGGGCAAUCCGGGCCCACGUUUGGAAAACCUAAUACUCCCGCGAAUCCCUUCGGCAUCAGUGGUACAGCAGCCAACGGGGGUGGUUUUAGCUCUUUCUCGGGUGGUGGAGGCUUCAGUAGCUUCGCAAAUGCUAAGCCCGGCGAAUCGUCUCUUGGGACAAAGCCAACAACCAAUCAGUCACCAUUUGGCAACCCAAAGCCAGCUACAGCAUCGCCUUUCGGGACGAACCCAACAACCAACCAGUCGCCAUUCGGCAACCCAAAGCCGGCUACAGAAUCGCCAUUCGGCAAACCCUCCUCCGGUGGUACCACUUUUGGUCAACCCUCCAACAUAUCCUCUGGGCCAAAGAAACACGAAACCUUCUUUUCGCCUCCUCGUCCCGAUGCAACGAAGAACCCCUUCGGUCCUGCGGGUGGCUUCCAGCUCAAAUCCAGCUUCAAGGAAACGGCUUCCAAGGACGAUAAGAAGACAGAUGAUUCCUCGGCGGGAGCUUUCUCAUUUGGAAGUUCCCUUGAUGACAUGGUGUCGACCCCGCGCAAGGGAAGCUUGUCUCCAAGUGAAUCGAUGGAUGACACCGACGAUGUGGCACCCGUGGAUAAGAGCACAUUCUCAAUAUUCGGUGGAGUGAAGAAACCGGAUUCACAAACCCCUACGUCAAUGUUCUCUUCUAAGACUGCCACUUCGACCGACAAAAAGCCAUCGUUUUCGAUGUUCGGCAAUGGCGACCAAAAUCGACUGACCAGCCCACUGUCAGCUCCGUCUGAUAAGACCGAGACCCCUAAGAAGGAUUCAUCCGCUGGUAUUGACGUGGAGACGCCUUUGCCCCCAGACUCUACUAGCCGGGCUAGCUAUGCGGCUGGAGACACAUCGGCCUCCUCUUGUGUCUCAAAAAGCUCCGCUGAAGAUGCUCCCCUCCCUCCGGAUUUCACCAAAGCGGCCAAGCCUGCACCGAAGCCCGAAAACGACGCCCCUCUGCCCCCUGAUUUCCUCCCCAAAAGCAAAUCCGCACCCAAGGAUGAUGAUGCCCCUCUACCUCCUGAUUUCAUCACCAAAAAGAAGCCCGUGGCAGAGACAGAUGACGCACCACUCCCUCCGGAUUUCUUGACAAAGCCCAAGAAAUCGGACCCUCCUGCCAUUCCAGAUGAUGCGCCAUUGCCUCCUGACUUCACCGCGAAGCCAAAACCAAAGCCUUCCGAAGAGGCUGUUCCGAUCCCAGAUGACUCUGACUCAGCUGGCUCCGAAGAAGAAUCGGAGGUCGAGGAUGGAUCAGACUUCGAUGACAGCGGAGAAGAAAUUACCCAUGACGAAGCAACGACUGCUAAGCCCAAGCCCUCGGCAGAAAGUUCAUUUGGUGGGCUUUCCGACAAGAGCUCUACAGGAGGAUUCUUCAGCGGCGCCGCUAAACCUACUGAAGAUGAAGGUCGUCUUCCGCGACAGCUGUUUGGAGAGAUCCCCAAGCAACCCCUGCUUCCUCCCCCUGGUCCUGUUGCCCAAAAUAACCGUGAGCCUUACCGGUCACCAAGCCCUGUCCGCCGAGGUGGUUCCAAGAAGAGUGUCCUCUUUUCUCCAGAGCCCACUCCUCGCAAGGGAUCUUCAAGCGCCUUGCACUCCCGUAAGGAAUCUCUUACUCAUCUUGCAGAGCGUGAUGGUCAUUUGAGAAAGGCCAGUGACAUCGCUCGCGAGCAACAAGAAGCACAGGAGCGCGCUCAUGCUGCGGCCCAGGAACAGGAGGAUGAUGUCUUGUCUUUGUCUGAUGAUGACGAGGACGACAGACUUCGUGAUGACCUUGCUCAACCUAUUGAACCAGUUGAUACACUGGAUCCAUUCUUGCCCCACCAGAACUAUAUGGGCGAGACCGCGAAACCAGGCAUUGCCGGCCAGGUUGAGCGACUUUACCGUGACAUUAAUUCCAUGGUCGAUACUUUGGGAAUCAAUGCUAGAUCACUGGCUGGCUUCCUUCUACAUGAACAACCCAAGAAGCAGUCUAAUAUCGAUGAUUGGGUCAUGGUCAUCAAUGGCGACCAGCCCGCUGACAUCCUUGAUACUAAGAUGGUCUUAAAGGACAUUGAGAAUUUCCAGGAGAUCAUCGCAUCUGUCGAAAAAUCCCUGAACGAUCAGCGUGUGCAAGGAGUGGACGAGAAGCUGAAUGCUUGCCGUGAUCUACUCACAAAGCAAAUUGUGGCCCUCCUCUCACAGUUUGCGAGCACCCGCAAGAUUCUUGAUGCCCACACCGACCGUGUCGCCAUCCUUGAGGCCCCUCUCUCCGCUGAGCAAGGUGCUCUUCAACACGACCUCCGCACAACCUUCACCAACCUGCAGGCCCACACAGUCGACCUCGAACAAGCGGUUUCCCUCCUGCGUGCCAAAAUCGCCGACGUUUCCCAGGUGAAGGGUGCAGCUCGCAACCGACCCACAGUCGAGGCUGUCACCAAGACCAUCGCAACCAUGAUGGGCAUGGUUGAAGGAAAGAGAACAGACAUUGAUGUUCUCGAAGCUCAAAUGCGCAGACUGGGCGUGGAUGUAUCAUCCGCUGGCACCCCCAGCCGCGAAGGCUCACCAUUCAACACUCCUCGCAAAAGUACAGCUGGUCGCAUUCCCAUGACCCCUGGAUCGCGUGGAUCUGUCGACGGUAGCUCCUACCACACCCCCGAGUCCGCCUCCCGCGGUAUCAACUUCCGCGCCAGUAUCAACGGCUCAGUUCGAAAGAGCCGUCUUCGCAGUGUGGAGGGCGCAGGUGAGCUUGAGCUCCCUGAAGAAGAUGCGACUGUUUACAAGGCGAAACAAACCCGCCGCCAACACUUGAACGCCAACUUGAAGAAAGCGUUCGAGAGCAAGCAGGCGAAGGUGCGUGGUGUUGAUGAGUGGUAG